UAAUUAUUCACAAUAAGUAAAAUGUUGCCCUCCUGCGUACGCUCAAUGUGCAAAAAAAGCCCCAAAAAAAUUCUAGGGCUGAUGGGGCGACAAGGCUCGAUAGUGGCGCAGAAAGGCUCGACAGUGGCGCAGGCCCAAUUCGAAACCCAACCUUUCAAGCUGCACAAAUUAACGGAGGCCCCGGCCACUCAGGUGACCCUAACCAGGGACGAAGCCCUAGAAAUGUACACGCAAAUGCACACCAUACGACGCAUGGAAACGGCCGCCGCCAAUUUAUACAAAGAAAAAAACAUUAGGGGCUUUUGUCAUUUGUAUUCUGGACAGGAAGCAGUCGCUGUAGGCUUCAAACAUGCCCUAAGACCCCAAGAUUCAGUAAUUACAGCUUACAGAGCUCACGGGUGGACGUAUGUGAUGGGGGUGAAACCCCUAGGGGUUAUGGCCGAGCUUACCGGUAGACAAACGGGAUGCGCCAGAGGCAAAGGUGGCUCAAUGCACAUGUACGCCGAUAAUUUCUACGGUGGCAACGGGAUUGUGGGGGCGCAAGUGCCUUUAGGUGUGGGCAUAGCCUUUGCAGCUAAAUACAAAAACACAGAUGGCGUUUGCGUCACUUUAUACGGCGACGGUGCCGCCAACCAGGGCCAAGUAUUCGAGUCCUACAACAUCGCGAAACUAUGGAACCUUCCUUGCAUAUUUGUUUGCGAAAACAACGGCUAUGGAAUGGGAACCAGUACUGUGAGGUCUAGUGCAAGUACCAAGUACUAUACUCGUGGAGAUUACGUUCCUGGCAUUUGGGUGGAUGGAAUGGAUGUUUUGGCGGUAAGAGAGGCGGCCAAAUUCGCGAUAAAACAUUGCGCCACCGGUCAAGGUCCUAUAGUCAUGGAGGCUCAGACUUACAGGUACUCGGGCCACUCGAUGUCCGAUCCCGGUACGAGUUACAGGACCAGGGAGGAGGUGCAAGAGGUGCGCCAAACCAGAGACCCCAUCGCUUCGCUUAAAGAGAAAAUUAUUUCGUCCAAUCUGGUGACUGCCGAGGAAAUUAAGAAAGUCGAUGCGCAGAUCAAGACGGAUAUUGAUACAGCUACUGAGCAGGCUAAAAAGGACAAGGAGAUUGGACUGGAUGAGCUUUCAGCGGAUAUUACGGCCAAUCAUUUGGGAAGCGACAUCAGGGGCGUGUCGAUUUUCGCCCCCUUGAAGCACAAACGGAUCGGGCCCGCUAUUAAUUUGAAAUAAUUGUUGUUGGUGCUAUUAAAAUGUUUUUAAUAAUUAGAGAAAUGUGUGUUGGUUCUAUUCUUGUAUUAUCCUUGAUCCAGACCACGGUUCUCAAAGUUCAUAGGUUGUUUGAUAAUGGGUAACUUGUAACUCCUUAUGGAGAUUUACAUUAUGUUUAAACACCCCAUGUUAAAUUACAUUGAUCAAUAUCAGUAUUUUACUCGGUAUUUAAUUAUAAACUUAAGAAUUUGUAUUUUGUUUAGAACAACGUUAAUCCUGGUAGAAGUGUGAAUCUACCUUUAGUUGGCAUGAAAAAGUUUGGUUAGGAUUUUUCACGUUGUUGUUGUUCUGUCUGUUCG